AAAACUUACAAUUAAAUACCUAGUCAAAAUGUGGUGUACUAAUUUUUUAUUUUGUAUUGUUUUUAGUCUUGUGUGUGAAUUUUCUCUUGCCCUAAACUGCUAUCAAUGUUCAGGAAGUGACCCAAAAGAUCCUUUUCAAUGUAAUGAAUGGUUGAGUAGUGAUAUUGAUAUUGAACCACAAGCCUGUGACAAUGUUUAUGCUGCCAAGUAUUGCAUCAAACACGUUGGCCGAUUUGAAGGAGGUAUUGGUGCAAAAAGAUUCUGUUCAUCUCUGGAUCUUGGUAAUUAUUGCAACUACGUGAAGCAACCUGGAGAUAUUUUGGACUACAGAACUUGUGUAUAUACUUGUACAGGAGAUGGGUGCAAUCCAGCAAAUAAUUUGAAGCCAUAUUCUGUUCUUUCAUUUGUCACAGCAUUGGGGAUUUUUAUAUUUAGAUUAAACUAAUUUUUAUUCUUGAAUAUUGUAAAGUUAUUUUAGAGGAAAUAUAUUUUUGUUUUUUUUUAUCAUCGUUCUCGAAAAUAUUUUUAAAUAGCUUUGUGUUCAAAAAAUUUUUUAUACACGGGACCAAAAUGUAAAAAGUACAUAUUAUGACGUGAUUAUUAUUGUAAAUAAUACAGUAGUCGAAAGUUUUUAUACAGAUUAAUAAGUAAUAAAUGAAGGUUGCUAUAAAAUAUUUUGUAAUGUACUUGUAAAGGAGA